CAAGGAAGUCAUGCUUCACUGACGGGGCUUGUCGAGGCUUUUGCACGGGUUUGUGAGCGGCAUCUCCGUGGUGCUCCUGUUCAUCGACGCCAGGUGUGAGACGUCAGUGUCAUGACUGGAGCUGAGACUGAGGAUGAUAUUCCAUCAGGUGAAAGGAAGACUGUCACAGAUUUCUGCUACCUCCUUGACAAGUCCAAACAACUCUUCAAUGGACUAAGAGACCUUCCUCAGUAUGGACACAAGCAGUGGCAAUCUUAUUUUGGGCGGACGUUUGAUGUCUACACCAAACUGUGGAAAUUCCAGCAGCAGCACAGGCAGGUUUUGGACAGUCGGUAUGGCUUGAAGAGAUGGCAGAUUGGUGAAGUUGCAUCCAAAAUUGGGCAGCUUUACUACCAUUAUUACCUUCGUACGUCAGAAACAAGUUACCUGAAUGAGGCCUUUUCAUUCUACUCUGCAAUUCGUCAACGAUCUUACUAUUUUCAGGUCAAUAAAGAAGACAGGCCAGAGUUAGUGGUGAAGAAGCUCCGAUAUUAUGCUCGCUACAUAGUUGUCUGUUUACUGCUGAACAAGAUGGACCUUGUCAAGGUUUUGGUGAAGGAAUUAUCUGAGGAAAUUGAAGAUUAUACACAGCGAUUCAAAACAGAGGAUCAAUUGGAGUGGAACCUGGUUUUACAAGAAGUGGCAGCUUUUGUGGAGGCUGAUCCAGUGGUUGUACUGAACGACACCAAUUCUGUUGUCGUCAUCAGCAGCCGGCUUCAGGAAGGAAGUGUGCCUCCACUGGAACAAGGCAUGGUGGUCGGACAGCUCGUCCUUGCAGAUGCACUAAUCAUAGGCAACUGUAACAAUCAGGUGAAGUUCAGUGAACUAACCAUCGAUAUGUUCCGUAUGCUUCAAGCUUUGGAAAGAGAACCUGUAAACCUGGCGACACAGAACCCCAAACAAGGAAUGUUAGAACCCAAUGAGAAGCCGGCGAAACGGGAAAAUCCUCACAAGUAUUUGCUGUAUAAACCAACGUUCAGCCAGCUUUUUGCUUUCCUGUCUGCCUCUUUUAAGGAAUUGCCUGCCAACAGUGUUCUGCUUGUUUACCUAUCAGCUACUGGUGUCUUCCCCAUUGGGAAUUCAAAUUAUGAAGGACCGUAUGAUUUUGGAGGAGUUCUCACGAAUACGAAUCGUGAUGUGGUGAAUGGAGAGACAGUGCAGAAGAAAAAUCAGACCCAGAAAGAAAUGCAUUGCCUUCAUCCAGGGGAUUUAUUCCCUUUCACCAGGAAGCCACUUUUCAUUGUUGUGGAUUCUUCAAACAGCACAGCCUAUAAGAAUUUCACAAACCUUUUUGGCCAGCCUCUUGUGUGCCUGCUAUCACCUACAGUAUAUCCCAAAAGUCUGCAAGAUCAGUCGCUGCGCGGCAGUCUGUUCACUCUGUUCCUCUACAGCCCACUCUUGGCCUUUUCCACUAUUUGUGGUUUAAACAGUGUGCAGCGAGGACUCUGGGACAAGGCUCAAGAGUUUCUUAGUAAAGUCUACCAUGACAUCGGGCAGAUGAUCACCAGAUCACGAACCAUAGAUCAAGCCUUUCUGCAAUUCUUUGGUGACGAGUUCCUCCGACUGCUGUUGAUCCGCUUUGUGUUCUGCUCGGCUGCAUUGAGACUGCAUAAACUGUUCCGGGAAUCCCAGAGCUUCCCAGAGUCGUACCCUGAGCUGCCCAAACAGGACACGGUGGAGAGCAGCGUCCUUCAGAAGCAUAUUUUGGAGCUGGCAUCCAUGUUAGAGGUGCAGAGCCUUUUUCGGGACGAUUCACUGGAGGCUGACUAACAUCUUUGCAAAGGACUAAAUGGUAUAGUGUGUAUGUACAUAAUGGACUCAACUGCCAGAGCCUGCAAAGGCUUCUUCUUUCUUUUUUUUUUAGGUGAUGAAAUACUUUAAAAAAUGAUAGGUUCAUGCCCAGUUUAAAUGUUAACUUGUGUGAUCAAAUGCAAAUGAUAUCAAAUUUGAUUUGCAAUCUGCAUUUCAGAGAAAGAAGGCAAGGUUUUGUGCAAAUGUUGAGCCCUGGUAGCUUGUUUCAUAGCUGUAUAUAUUAUUCAAAAGAAAAGAAACCCUCUUCCUUCAAAUGCAGGGCUUAAAAUCCUUUAUUUUUCAUGUCAGAAAAUUGAAGAUGAAAUUGUUGUUGUUUCUGUUUUUUAUCAAUAUUUCUCAAUGUUUUAUCAAUGUGAAUGUGAAAGUUGUGUCUGCCUAACGAUAGAUCAUGGGGAUGCUUUCGGUGGCUUUCAGAUAGGACUUAAAACAGUAAGUAAAACACUUCUACGACACUCGAUAUUCUAAGAUACUAGAACGUUAAUCACACUUUGUCUAUUAUUUAACCAAUAAUAACUAUUAUUAUUUGUAAUCAUUGUCCAGUAGACGCAUCUCAGACUUCAACCAAUCAGCAUCACAUAGUGUUUCACAGUACUACCUCUCCUCUGUUCAAAGUCAUCAAAUGCUUGCUUUUGAUGACUUUGACACCUGUCGAGCAAAAAGAUGUUCUUUGAAAUAAAUGAAUAGACACAUUUAGCAGGAGAUAACCAACUCCCUUUAUAUCAUUCAUUAGCAAUCCAUUCUUUCAGCAAUUCAUAUUGUUUCCACAUCCCUGAGCUGUAAAAUGCAUGCAAGAAAAAAGAAAAGUCCCUUUUGCCCUGUAUCCUUACAUUUAUAUACAAAACCCCCUUAUUUUAGUGUUUUCACUGACAAACCUAGUUGUAUUUAAACAAUAAUAUGUGACGCCAGCAACACUCAAAAAACAUUCAAACACUUAAAAAAAAACAAAGACUUGGCUCAUGGCUUACUGUUCUGUGCCAGAAUUAAAGGUCAAUUCAAAGACUAUGUUUCUCAGGGCAAGAUCACACAAAUUGGAAGUCUUUCACCAUCUACAUGACAUAAUACUGUGGGAAGAUUUACUGAGGUGGUGGAAAAUCUUGGUACAUAAAGGCCAACAGUGGAAAGUGAUGUUAAACGUGAAGCGUGAAAGCUUCUGUGUCCACCAGCAGGACAACACCAGGUCUCGUUCUGGCCUGUCUGCAGACCUCAUUAAAUGUCUCCAAUUAAAAAUGUAUCUUGCAUUAGCCAGACGUGAAUCAGACGAUGGUGACCGUGCACUGUUGAGCAGCUGAGGUCUUGUAUACAAGCAUGAAUUGGCAAACAGUCCACUUGCAAAAGUAUAAGAAUCAGUUUCUUCAGGACCCAAAAUGGUUAAGAAGUUUGACUAACCCUUAAGAGUUCCUAGGGACAUUUUCCAGAGGAUAUUCAUUUUUGCUAAACUUUAGAACUGUCAUCUCAGUUUCUUGAAUUGGAUGCAAGAACUUCCUAUUGUUCCUAGCGGUAGAACACGCUACCUUCCCAGAAACAGCUGUAAAAACAAUAUAUACUAAUAUUUUUCAAUCUCUUAAAGCCACUUCAUCCUGAAUUAUAGAUAUCAAAUAUUAAUAAUAUUAUUUUACAGUUUGUUUUCACAAUUCCACUGUUUUUCUAUCUGAAAAAACAAAAAAACUACAAUAAUUUCCGUUGGGAACAAAUUAGACAGUUCAAAAAACAACAACAAUGCAUCAAAAUCAAUGUUUCUGCCAAUCUUUGACCCAUCCCAGGGCCUAGUAAUUAUUUUUAUCAAAUUCUCCUUGAAAUGUAUUUUAUGUAAAUUCUUUUUUUCCCGAUUGCCGAGUUGUGAAAACAUAAUGGCCUUUAAAGGGUUAAAAUUUCAAAAACAUUAAAAUUUGAUUUAUAUAUUUCAGGCUGAAGUAGCUUGAAAAGAUUGUCUAAUUUAAAGUGGAAAAAAAUAUUAAUAUAUAAUGUUUUUAUAGCAGUUUUUGGGAAGGUGGCAUUUUCUGCCUCUAGGAACAAAUUAGGAAGUUUUUUAAAGGAACUCUUAAAAGUUAAAAGAAUGGAUUUAGAGACCCACUGGGAAACAAGUUUUGAGUUUGUUGCAGGCAUCAGUUUUAGAAGUUUGUUUAUGUUUAGCAAAUCAUUUACAUUUACACUUUUGGACAGACACUUUUAACCAAAGCAGCCUACACGUUAUCAACAUAUUAGGGUUACAAUGUAAUAAGCACAAUGAGAGGAUCAUCAGGGGGAUAAAAAGAAGUGCUAGGCAAGUUCCAGAAGGAAAGUGCAGAAGCCUAAAGAGUAACAUUCAAGAAUGUGGGUGCAGGACUGUGGGAGGAAGCUAGAGAAUUCUUCGUUUGGCUCGAAACUUGAUAUGUGAGACCAAGGCCCUGCCCUGAACACGUCUGUGAUAUAAUCUACAACAUAACAAUCGCUAACACAAGUAAAUGUAAAAUGAACUAUCCACAACACUUCAAUAUCUUACCUUACUUUGCUUCUACAACCAAUAUUUCAGCACUGACUCAAUUCAAAUACACAGCCUCUGGUUUUGUUUGAAGGGUUUGAGCAGGAAGCACCUAGUGUUGGAUGAGGAGGUUUUUUUUACUCCUCGCCCUAGGGCUGACCAUUAGGGCUGAUGCUUCAUUUAACAAUACUAGGAUGUGCUAUACAGCUGCUCACAUCAGGGAUUUGAUGCAACAAGGUGAGUCGCUGAGUUUGCCCUCUGAACGGCUGCCCCAAUAGUUUAGUUUCUGUCAGCGCGUUGUGGCUCUGCUGCUUUUAUACUGUACAUGCAUCACCAGCCAGCAAGUUCAUAUACACAUUGACACAAUCAGUGCACAAAAGUCAUGAGUAGAACGGACAGAUUGCAGUGAAGUGUGUGAAAAGGGGUAAAGGCAGCGGUAAAUACGUAUAUGUCCAGAUACGUAAAUAUGAAUGUUUUGAACUCCUGGUCACCCUUUCACUUCAAUUCAGUUCAAUUCAAUUUUAUUUAUAAAGCGCUGAAUCACAACGUACAUUAUCUCAAGUCUCUGUACAUGGACAACAUUAUCGAGAGCAGAGAAACAAUGAGCAAACACCUAGGCGUCAAUGGAGAAGAAAUCUCUAAUAGAACCAGACUCAAAGAUGUGCAGCAUCUGCCUAGACCGGUUGGGGUGAAAGGAAAAAAUGGGGGACAGAGGAGAGGAAGGGGAGAGAGAAAGGACAAGAGGGAGGUGAGGUAGAGACAGAAGCAGAUAUAUGACAGUUGUAUCAAGUUAUAAGUGUAGACGGGACCACGACUUUCAAUGCGGACUUUUCCCCUCCCUUAUUUAUGUAUUUAUUGAUUUAUUUAUUUGCAUGUGUGCAUGUAUCUAGUCGUGUGUAUAUAUGUACAUAUGUGUUCAUAAUAUAAAUAAGCUGAUGUAGACAUUUUAACAUUUGAAUGUGCGUGUAUCCAUAUGUGUGUGUACACAUGUAUAAGUGUGUGUGAAAGUCUGAAGUGUGUCACUUCAUGUCUCAGCUGCUUGUUUUUGUUUGUUUUUUUCCACACAAAAUAACUGGUAAUAAGGAAUAAGGUCUUUAAGAUAUGACGGGGCCUGAUCACUGAGUGCUUUAUAUGUGAGGAGGAGGAUUUUGAAUUUAAAUGUAUAAAUCUAAAUUUGACAGGGAGCCAGUGUAGAGAGCUGUGAUCUCGUUCCCCGGUUCCCUGGUCAGUACCCGUGCUGCUGCGUUCUGAAACUAACGUCCCAAUAAUCACGAGUUGCACAGUAAUCUAGUCUGGAACAGGCUCUUCAGCAUCCUUUAAUGAUGGGAUGUUUCUGAUUUUUGUUAUGUUGCACAGGUGGAAGAAGGCUCGUAUGUGUGAGUCCAAUGACAAAUCUGGACUCAUUAACAGCUCCAAGGUUCUUUACAGUAGAACUGGAGUCCGUGGUAAAACCACGUGUUCAGAGCCGAGGACCAGUUUCAGUUUUGUCUGCGUUGUCUGGCAUUUAGUGUUUCUUAUAUGAACUAAUGUAAAGCUUGUACACACGUUACAACGUUUACUCAGUGUUGUGUAAAUAAAUCUUAUCUGUGUGUUUCUAACUUGUGAAGUUGAAAACGAGUCGCUGCAAACGUUAUUCUUUGGCCAUUGUCUUAAGGCGUAACAUUCCAUUUUCCAAGCACUAGAUAAGCUGUCGAGACAAACAGCCACUGUUUUUUUUCAUUGUACAUUUAUUUUCUUAUUUUUGGAAUAAGAACUUCCACGUUUCCUGUACGUUGAUAGUUAUGUUAUUAAAAAUGACGUAGACUUGGAUUUUAGUGAAGUUCAAUAUUGUAAUGAUCGUGUUUUGUUGUGUUUAAUGGAACGAGACAGAUUGUGUUCCACCAGCCCUCUGCACUGGUGAAUGUGGUUUUUACAGAGCAAAGUUUGUCCUGCAGAAAAUGUCCACAUCUGUCACCGCUGUCCCUUUUAACAGCUCCUGUGUCAAAGGUGUCAAAUAUGUUGGAAUGAUGUGAAAUGUCAUGAAAAGGCAGCAAUAAUUUAAUUUAAUUGUUAAUUUACAUGUGUGAAAGGCUUUGAAACAAUCUGGACUCAAAUGUCACUCAUUCUUCAAAGAACAACUGUGAAAUAUUUGAUAUAUUUGGACGUCGUCUGAGACAGAAGAA